UGUUCGUCAUAUGUUGUGAAAUUCCUGAAAUUUAACCUGGGUUUGCAUGAGUCAACUGAGAAGAGUUAGUAUUGUGAGAUGGCCUGCGUCGAAGGUAAAUCGCAAUAUCCAGACUUCUGUAUCGGUGCUAGUAGCACAAAUCGUAUAUUCAAAGCUUGCAGUAUAGCUGAAGGCAGACAGGGUUCUGAAUUAGACCAUUCAACCGAUACACAACAGGAAAGCCAUUGCGAUUAUGUGAUUGACAUAUGGUAUAUCAUUUCGGAACACAUCCUGCCAGAAGAUGUAUGCAGGUUUGCGCUAAUAUGUCGUAAAACGGCUGAAGUUGUGCAGUCCGCCAGGUUUUGGCGUCACCUCUAUCGGAAGCAUUGCAACGUAUUCGUGGAAGAUUUACCGGGCCGUCUGCAGCCGGUAAAUAUGUCCAUGUUACGCGGACUGAGAGCGUGUACGAUACGGUGUUUAUUCUACACGUAUCCGCCUUUUGUACGACGCAUUUCGAUUUCAACUUUCACUGAUCCACAUCGAAUCGCCGGUAGGCAGCUUGUGUUUUCUUGGCACCGCAAGUGUCGCGGUGGGUGGAAUUAUUAUUUUAAACUAAAAGCACGUCUAAUCCCGGGAAGCAGGACGGCACGUUCUCUCGCAAUGCAAGAACAAAAAGCAUCGCUGGACUAUCUGAAGGAUAUCUACAUGAACCCGGAAGAAGGCUGCCAGCUACUGAUUGUUAUGACGGAAAGUCUCCACAUAAUUCCACCCUUUCAAGAGCCCCUGUACGUUCGAUCACUGACGCAAACUUUGGCUCACGGUAUGAAGCGGUACAUGGUUCGCCUGCAAAUGACUAACAUCUGCCAGCAGGUUGUAGACGAAAUCGUUCUGGUACCGGUUCGACAGGUACGAGUACUGGACUGGUGGAAUCCUGAAUACUACCCAGAGCUGGAACUGGAAGAAGAUUUGCUCCCGGAGCAAGAACAACACCUGCAGCAUCAGAUGGCGCCGCAGCAAGGCGCUGAUGCUGUUUACUGGGAUGACUAAACCUGUUACUUGAAGGAUUGAGAAUAAGUAACGUUUUCUAGUUCACUCUUGGUACAUCACAACAGCUGUGAUAAUGUAUGUUUGUUAGGUCUUAGAACAUGUUAACUAUUUAUAUAUUGAAAAAUUUGAGGGAUUCGUGAAAAAUAAA